AUGACUUUGCCAGAAUCGAAAGACUUUUCUUAUUUGUUUUCGGAUGAAACCAACGCACGUAAGCCAUCUCCAUUGAAGACGUGUAUCCAUCUUUUCCAUGAUCCUAACAUCAUCUUUUUGGGCGGGGGCCUGCCAUUGAAGGAUUAUUUCCCAUGGGACAAUCUAUCUGUCGAUUCACCAAAGCCUCCCUUUCCUUACGGUAUUGGCGCCCCAAUUGAUGAGCAGAAUUCCAUAAAAUACACGGUAAAAAAGGAUUACCCAGAUGGAAAUUCCAAUUCUCAUAACGAUAUUCCAUUGUCAAGGGCUUUACAAUAUGGACACAGCGGUGGUCAGCCUGAACUUUUAGAUUUCCUUAGAGAACAUACUAAGAUUAUACAUGACCUGAAAUACAAAGAUUGGGAUGUUUUUGCCACUGCAGGUAACACUAAUGCUUGGGAAUCGACUUUAAGACUCUUUUGUAACAGGGGCGAUGUCAUCUUGGCGGAAGCGCAUUCCUUUUCAUCUUCGUUAGCUUCCGCAGAAGCUCAAGGUGUGAUUACGUUCCCCGUGCCAAUUGAUGCUGAUGGUAUUAUUCCUGAAAAAUUGGCUAAAAUCAUGGACAACUGGACACCCAAUGCUCCAAAACCAAAACUAUUAUACACUAUCCCAACCGGACAAAAUCCAACUGGUACCUCUAUAGCUAAUCAUAGAAAGGAGGCAAUUUACAAGAUCGCACAAAAGCACGACUUCCUAAUUGUGGAAGAUGAGCCUUAUUAUUUCUUGCAGAUGAAUCCUUACAUCAAAGAUUUGAAAGAGAGAGAAAAGGCACAAAAUUGUCCUAAACAAGAUCAUGAUGAAUUUUUGAAGUCCUUGGCGAACACUUUUCUUUCCUUGGAUACAGAAGGUCGUGUUAUUAGAAUGGAUUCAUUCUCGAAAGUUUUGGCUCCGGGGACAAGAUUGGGUUGGAUCACAGGUUCAUCUAGGAUCUUGAAACAUUACUUGAGUUUACAUGAAAUGACCGUUCAAUCACCAGCGGGUUUCACACAAGUUCUCGUCAGUUCUACGCUCUCCAGAUGGGGUCAGAAGGGUUAUUUAGAUUGGCUACUUGGCCUACGUCACGAAUACACAUUAAAACGUGAUUGUGCCAUUGAUGCCCUUUACAAAUACCUGCCACAAUGUGAUGCCUUUGUCAUUAACCCACCAAUUGCAGGCAUGUUCUUUACUGUGAAUAUUGAUGCUUCUACUCACCCUGAAUUUAGUACAAAAUACAACUCAGAUCCUUACCAGUUAGAGCAGAGUAUUUACCAUAAAGUGGUUGAACGCGGGGUUUUAGUGGUGCCUGGCUCCUGGUUUAAGAGUGAGGGUGAAACGGAACCUCCUCAACCUGCUGAAUCUAAAGAAGUCAGUAAUCCAAACGUAAUCUUCUUCAGAGGUACUUAUGCCGCCGUUUCUCCCGAGAAGUUAACAGAGGGUAUAAAAAGAUUGGGUGAUACUUUAUACGAGGAAUUUGGUAUUGCCAAAUAG